AUGCCAAUAAUUGGGUGGCUGCAUGGAAAGCUGCAGAGUUACAUCCACCAUUCAGUGCGAACCUAUAUAAAGAACACUGUGAAAGACCCUGAUGUCGCUAAGAAACUGACCCCUGACUUUCCAAUGGGAUGUAAAAGAAUAACACCCUCUGACUCGUAUCUAGAAGCUUUCAACAAAGAAAAUGUGCAUCUUGUCACUGACAAAAUCAAAGGGAUUAACAAAAGAGGAAUUGUAACAAUGGACGAAAAAGCCCAUGACUUGGACGUGAUCAUCUACGCCACAGGUUUUGACUUGCUGGGGAGUGUUAAUGCAUUUGAAGUUUCUGGUGUAGAUGGAAAAAGUCUUGCUGAUGACCACUCUGAUGCACCAAGAGCAUUUUACGGAAUGACACACCAUCUCUGUCCAAACUACUUCAUGAUGGGCGGUCCUGGCAUUGUGCUGGGCCACAACUCUGUUAUAUUCAUUGGGGAGUGUCAAAUAAACUACAUAAGAUGUGGGAUUGAAGAACUGUUGCUCAGGAAAGCCGCAAGUGUGUGUCUAAAGGAAAGUUCCAUGGAUUCCUACCAAGAUUGGUCAGCAAACGAGAUGAAAAACAAGGUAUUUGAAGGGGACAAAUUCUGUACAGGCUGGUACAGAAACUCUAAGGGCAUCAACUGGACCUUCUGGCCCACCAACCUCAUCAGCUUCUGGUGGCACACUCUUAACUUUGAUUGUGAGAAUUAUAUGUUUGCCUAG